ACUGUUUACACACACACACACACACACACACACACACACACACACACACGGCUUUGAUCUCACUACUAGUCGGACCUGGUUACCAGGGCAGCACUACUAACUAGUUGCCUGGGAAAUUAUGGGAUGGAUUGCCAUGGCAACAGACCAGACGUCACAAGCUGGGCAUGUGUGUUCCAUUUUCGGCUCUUAUUUUCAGACCGGAGGAUUUUGGAUAGAGGAGGGAUUUUUUGGAACCGGCAUAUUCUUUUCCGCAUGUAUAUCAUAACAAGGAUUUAAGGAAUUAAGCUCGGGUUAGGCCGGACGUGUCCUAUUCACCCAGUGCUUUAGGAGUUUGCGCCACUUUUUUUUUGCCCAUCGCUCGGAUGUGAUUGUGGGGAAUGCGGUGAAGAUGCCCGGAUCCCUGAGCAACGAGGAAGAGGGCCAGGACGAUUUGGAUUUUGAAGACGACGUGCCAGAUGAGGAUGAUGAGGGCAACCGUGUCCGUGACCUUUCACCGGUGGAGCGCUUCUUUUCCGAUGAUGACUCCAUCAAACAGAAAAAGAAGAAACCCAGUAAGCAAAAGGAGGGCAGGACGCCCAAAGUAAAAAAGAAGAAGAAAGAGGGUGGCUUCAGCGAACAUGAUAUGUCAGGCAGGGAGGAACAGCACUCAGACAGCGAGAGCAGCAGCUACGGCACACUGAAGAAGAAAAAAAAGAAACCCAGAGAGAAAAAGGAGAAGAAGGCCAAAUGGAAGAAGAACGAGGAAGAUGAAGAUGAUGACGACGAUGAUGGAAAUAUGAAGGAGCCCAAGUCUUCUAGCCAGCUGAUGGAAGAGUGGGGUCUUGAGGAUGUGCAGUACGUUUUCUCUGAGGAUGAUUACAAAACCAUUACCAACUACAAGGCCUUCAGCCAGUUUCUCAGGCCCCUCAUUGCCAAGAAAAACCCCAAAAUUCCCAUGUCCAAAAUGAUGACGGUGUUGGGUGCCAAGUGGCGAGAAUUCAGCGCUAACAACCCGUUCAAAGGCAGUUCGGCGACAGCCGUAGCAGCCGCGGUGGCUGCGGCGGUGGAAACGGUCAACAUCACUCCCUCUAUCUCCAUCAGCGGCGUCCAACAGCUCUCUCCAACAGGGCAGAUCAAAAAAGCCAAGACCAAAGAGGGCAAAGGGCCUAGUGCUAGAAAGAAGAGUAAGACUCCAAAGGACACGAAAAAGAAACCCAAAGCCAAGAAAUCCAAACUGAAGGCCGGCCAGGGCAGCAAGAGGAAAAAAGCCUCCUCAAGCGAGGACGAUUUUAUAGACGACUUCUCAGACUUUGACGAUAUCAGCAUCCACAGUGCCUCCGUCAGAUCCGAUGCUUCGGGGGCACCAAAGAAGAAAGGACGACGAGGACGCAAAAAGAGGAAAAGAGAGGACGGAGAUGGCUAUGAGACGGACCAUCAGGACUACUGCGAGGUGUGUCAGCAGGGAGGCGAGAUCAUACUGUGUGACACCUGCCCCAGAGCGUAUCACCUGGUGUGUCUCGAACCCGAGCUGGAAAAAGCUCCUGAGGGCAAGUGGAGCUGCCCCCACUGUGAAAAGGAAGGUAUUCAGUGGGAAGCCAAGGAGGAUGAAGAAGAGGAGGAGGAACCGGUGGGAGAGGAAGAGGAUGACCACAUGGAGUUCUGUCGAGUUUGUAAGGAUGGAGGCGAGCUCCUGUGCUGCGACACGUGCCCUUCCUCCUACCACAUCCACUGCCUCAACCCACCUCUGCCCGAAAUCCCCAACGGAGAGUGGCUGUGCCCACGGUGCAUGUGCCCCCCUCUUAAAGGGAAAGUUCAGAAAAUCCUGCACUGGAUGUGGGGGGAUCCUCCCUUACCCCCCGAGCCUCCGUCCACUCAGGAUGGAGAGAAGAAAGAAGACGGAAUGACCAGACCUCCUCUGAAGGGUCGACCAGAAAGGCUGCUGUUUGUUAAAUGGGCCGGUUUGUCCUACUGGCACUGUUCCUGGGUCAACGAGCUACAGCUGGAACUCUACCACACUGUCAUGUACCGGAAUUACCAGCGGAAGAACGACAUGGACGAGCCUCCACCGUUCGAUUACGGCUCAGGAGAAGAGGAGCUCAAUAAUGAGAAGAGGAAGAGCAAAGACCCACAAUACGCCGCCAUGGAGGAGCGCUUCUACCGCUACGGCAUCAAACCCGAGUGGCUCAUCAUUCACAGGAUCGCCAACCACAGUUUUGACAAGGAUGGAGACGUCCACUACUUGAUAAAAUGGAGAGACCUACCGUACGAUCAGUGCACUUGGGAGGUGGACGAUUUCGAUGUCCCGGAGUACGAGCCUUUUAAACAGGCCUACUGGGACCACAGGGAGCAAAUGCUGGGCGAAGAUCAUCGUCCCUUGGUCGUGAGGAAAGAAAGGAGGUCUAAAGAGGAAGUGAAAAGGAAAGAAGCUCUACCUGAGACUUCGGUUGUGGAUCCCACUGUGAAAUUCGAUCAGCAGCCGUGGUACAUCGACGCGACCAGGGGAACUCUGCACCCAUACCAGCUGGAAGGGCUGAACUGGCUGCGUUUCUCCUGGGCACAGAGCACCGAUACCAUUCUGGCUGAUGAGAUGGGCCUGGGCAAGACUGUACAGACUAUAGUGUUCCUCUAUUCACUCUACAAAGAGGGUCAUUCCAAGGGGCCGUUUCUGGUCAGCGCCCCGCUGUCCACUAUCAUCAACUGGGAGCGAGAGUUUGAGAUGUGGGCGCCAGGCUUUUAUGUCGUGACCUACACCGGUGACAAAGACAGCCGGGCGGUGAUACGAGAGAACGAGUUCACGUUUGAGGACAGCGCCGUCAAAACGGGACGCAAGGUUUUCCGCAUGAAGAAAGACACGCCUGUGAAGUUCCACGUGCUGCUGACCUCGUAUGAGCUGAUCACCAUUGACCAGGCCAUUCUGGGCUCCAUCACUUGGGCGUGUCUUGUAGUAGAUGAAGCGCACAGACUGAAAAAUAACCAGUCCAAGUUCUUCAGGAUUCUGAAUGGCUAUAAGAUUUAUUACAAGCUGCUGCUGACCGGUACGCCUCUGCAGAACAAUCUAGAAGAGUUGUUCCACCUGCUCAACUUCCUCACUCCAGAGAGGUUCAAUAAUCUGGACGGCUUUCUGGAGGAGUUCGCCGACAUCUCUAAAGAAGAUCAGAUCAAGAAGCUACACGACCUGCUGGGGCCACACAUGCUCAGGAGGCUGAAAGCUGACGUCUUCAAGAACAUGCCGGCUAAAACGGAGCUGAUCGUGCGAGUGGAGCUCAGUCCCAUGCAGAAGAAGUACUACAAGUUCAUCUUGACGCGAAACUUUGAGGCACUGAACUCCAAGGGAGGUGGAAACCAGGUGUCUUUACUUAACAUCAUGAUGGAUCUGAAGAAGUGUUGCAAUCAUCCCUACCUGUUCCCUGUGGCGGCUGUGGAAGCCCCAGUGUUACCCAAUGGCUCUUACGAUGGCAACAUGCUGGUGAAGUCCUCAGGCAAACUCACUCUGCUGCAGAAAAUGCUCAAAAAACUCAAAGACAACGGGCAUCGCGUCCUCAUCUUUUCUCAGAUGACUAAAAUGCUGGAUCUGUUAGAGGACUUCCUGGAGUAUGAAGGCUAUAAAUACGAACGUAUCGACGGCAGCAUCACAGGUGGGCUGCGUCAGGAGGCCAUCGAUCGUUUCAACGCUCCGGGGGCUCAGCAGUUCUGCUUCCUGCUGUCUACACGUGCUGGGGGAUUGGGAAUCAAUCUGGCAACCGCUGACACAGUCGUCAUCUAUGACUCCGACUGGAACCCGCAUAAUGAUAUUCAGGCAUUUAGCCGAGCGCAUCGUAUUGGACAGAAUAAGAAAGUGAUGAUCUACCGCUUUGUCACGCGGGCAUCCGUGGAGGAACGGAUUACCCAGGUAGCCAAGCGCAAGAUGAUGCUCACUCACCUAGUAGUGCGGCCAGGAUUGGGUUCCAAAACAGGUUCCAUGUCCAAACAGGAGCUGGACGACAUCCUCAAGUUUGGCACAGAGGAGCUUUUCAAAGACGACGUGGAAGCUAUGGCAGGGGACAGUAAGGAAGGAGAGGAGGGCAGCGUGAUCCACUACGACGAUAAUGCCAUCUCCAAGCUGUUAGACCGCAGUCAGGAUGCCACAGAGGACACGGAGAUCCAGAACAUGAACGAAUACCUCAGUUCUUUUAAAGUGGCUCAGUACAUGGUUCGAGAGGAGGACGGAGAGGAGGAGGUACAAAGGGAGAUCAUUAAGCAGGAGGAGAACGUCGAUCCUGACUACUGGGAAAAACUCCUUCGGCAUCAUUACGAGCAGCAGCAGGAGGAUCUGGCGCGCAAUCUGGGCAAGGGCAAGCGCAUCCGUAAGCAGGUUAACUACAACGACACCUCUCAGGAGGACCAAGAAUGGCGUGACGGUCUUUCAGACAAUCAGUCCGAGUACUCCGUUGGCUCCGAGGAUGAAGAUGAAGAUUUUGAAGAACGACCUGAAGGAGGACGCCGGCAGUCUCGCAGGCAGCUGAAAAAUGAGCGGGACAAACCCCUGCCACCACUACUAGCUCGAGUAGGAGGCAACAUAGAGGUGCUUGGUUUCAAUGCCCGUCAAAGAAAGGCCUUCUUAAAUGCCAUCAUGCGUUGGGGCAUGCCUCCACAAGAUGCUUUCAACUCUCACUGGUUAGUCAGAGACCUGAAGGGCAAAAGUGAGAAAGAGUUCAGAGCGUACGUGUCACUGUUCAUGAGGCACCUGUGCGAACCAGGAGCGGACGGGGCCGAGACAUUUGCAGAUGGCGUCCCGAGGGAGGGUCUGUCCCGACAACACGUCCUUACCAGGAUUGGAGUCAUGUCUUUAGUUCGGAAAAAGGUGCAGGAGUUUGAGCAUGUGAAUGGGAAAUACAGCAGUCCUGAUCUUAUUCCUCCUGGACUGGACCUGAAAAAACUCACAGAGAGUCUUUCAUCAGACCCCAACACUCCGGUACCAGCUAGUCCUGCACCGACACAGCCCAGCACUCCUGUACCUCCAGACAAAACCGAGGGUGGCUCUGCUGCACAAGAAGACAAAGAGAGCGCUGAACAGGAGAGCACCAAAGCAGCAGAAUCUGAGGAAGCUGAGUCCAUUCCCCCACCUGAAAAGACCAACGAAAGUGAAGAACAGAAAAAACGCACUGCUGAGGAGAAACCUCGUGAAGAAACUGAGAAGAAAGACAACACACCCACUGAAUCAGAGCCAGCAUCUAAACAAUCCCAGCCAACAUCUGUACAGACAGAGCAGUCUACCAAGCAGACACCACCUACAGGGGAGCAAAGUAAAGACAUGGAGAACAUAAGUGAGAAGAUUGGAAGUGACCCUUCUUCUGUAAAACCAGAAAACAAAGAACAAAAAGCCGUUUCUCAGGAGUCAAAAUCCGACGAUACUCCAGAAAGUCAGCUGAACGGAGAGAAAGAAUCAAAGGACGAGGUGGAUGAGGGACAAAAAGAUGAGAAGCCUGGUGUGAAGACACGCUUCAUGUUCAACAUUGCAGACGGAGGCUUUACGGAGCUGCACACGUUGUGGCAAAAUGAAGAGCGCGUUGCCGUGUCAUCGGGCAAGAUGUACGACAUUUGGCACCGGCGCCAUGACUAUUGGCUUUUGGCCGGCAUCAUAACUCACGGGUACGCCCGCUGGCAGGACAUCCAGAACGACCCGCGCUAUGCCAUCCUUAACGAGCCAUUCAAAACCGAGAUGAACAAAGGGAACUACCUAGAGAUGAAGAACAAGUUCCUAGCGCGGAGGUUUAAGCUGUUGGAGCAGGCACUGGUGAUCGAGGAGCAGCUGAGACGGGCAGCUUAUCUGAACAUGAGUCAGGACUCCACUCAUCCAGCCAUGGCGCUGAACACUCGCUUCGCCGAGGUCGAGUGCCUGGCAGAGUCACACCAGCAUCUGUCGAAAGAGUCUCUGGCUGGAAACAAGCCUGCGAAUGCGGUUCUGCACAAAGUGUUGAACCAGCUGGAGGAGCUGCUGAGUGACAUGAAGGCCGACGUGACGAGGCUCCCAUCCAUGCUCUCCCGCAUCCCUCCUGUAUCCGCUCGCCUCCACAUGUCGGAGAGGAGCAUCCUGAGCCGCCUCACCAACCGUGAGCCUCAACCCCAGCCGCCUUUUUCCCAGGGAUCAUUUGCUUGUUCUUCAAUGUACAGUAACAGUUUUGGAGGAGGAUUCAGGGGGCCUGCUGGUGCUGCCAUGGUUAACUACAGUCAGAUGCCUCUUGGUCCCUACGUUAGUGUGUCUAAUGGUCCUCCGACCCCCAGCAGCCAUUUGGAUAAAAAAUCCAGUGAUAUUUUGAGAGACAUGUCUCCUUCAGACCUCAAAUCUAACAAGCCCUCUGAUGUCAUCUGCAUCGAAGACUAGCCAUCAUCUUCUUUCUUCUCUCUUCUCUUCGAUAAAUCUGAACGUUAUAAUGGAGCAAUUUCUCCUACAGUACAGAUACAUCAAAUCUGAAAAAACUGCACUUUUGUUUCGAAGUUUCGAAGAAGUCUCGCAUAUCUGCUUGCAAGUUUAUUUGUAGGCUUUUUUACUUUAGCUGUCUGAUUACGAAAAGGCCUGCGAAUGACGAGAGGACUGAGGACGUUCAAGUGCGUCAGGAUUUUCUGCUACAGAAUGUUCCAGAUUAUUUUCAGCACCAGAAUCCACUGCAAUUUGCACAACAACGUUUUUUAAGCAGCUGCUUGACCGUGGUGCUCCAUCUAGAGGUUAUUGUUUUGUAUUGCACCUGAAAGAAGAUAAACCGCCAUGAGAUCUGUUUGAAAUGGCAUAAAUGAUAUGGAAAAUAGAUUGUGGACACUUCUCCUAAUCCUCCUGAUAAUUUUAAAAAGGCUAAAAAUACAAGCUGUGUCCCUGUGCACAAUGUGAGGUUCAUAAAUACAUGGUUUGACAAGUUUGGUAUGAAAUAACAUUAACUUCAACCUGAGGGAUCACCUUUGAGGUGAAUUGGAACAUCACCUGUGAGACAGGCCUUAAUCAGUGUCCGUUUGUGAGAACUUAAGCUGUCCAAAAUCUUGUUGAAAGCCUUUCCAGAAGACUCUACAUAUAUUAAAGCAAAUGGUUUAAUAGGAAGUCUAACAAGCUCAUGUUCAGGUGUCCAUAUACUUCUGGCCAUAUACUAUACACUGGUGCAGCUGGUAGACUGGGAACUGCAUAGCAAGAUGGGACCUAAGGACCUGGGUUUGAUCGUUGCCUCCUGUCAUUAAGCCCAUAAAAAUAGCCAAUUAACACUUUUGAGAUUAAUUAGACCAUCAACUCCUGGUCCCACCUUAUUACAGCAAUGGUCUUGUAGGUGAGUGGAAGCAAGUCCCUAUAGCCAUGUUCCAAAAUAUUGUGGAAAGCCUUUUCAGAAGAGUCUACAUAUAUUAAAACAAAUGGUUAUAAUUAGGAAGUCUAACAAGGUCAUGUUGAGGUGUUCUCAUACUUACAUAAUGGUCUUGAAAGGAGUGAAAGCAAAUCCCUAUAGCCAUGUUCUGAAAUAUUGUGGAAAGCAUUCCCA